GAUUUCAACUUUGAUUCUCAGAUUUCAUUUGAGAGAGAAACCAUCAUGGUUGAUGCAGCUCUAAUCAGUGGUUUGCUUUCAAACUUGGUACCUCUUAUUAAGGAUGAAUUCUCAUUGUUUUGGAGUUUUCAGAAGGAGGUUCAAAAGCUAUCCAGCACGCUAUCUUCAAUUAAUGCCGUACUUGAGGAUGCAGAGAGAAAGAAUCUGCAGGAGAAGGACAAACAAAUGGAAGAUUGGUUGCGGAAACUAAAAAAUGUGGCAUAUGAGGUUCGAGACAUCAUGGAUGACUGCACCUUUCAAGAUCUUCGUCUUCAACUCAAAAGGCUUAAUGCCUCCUCUUCAACCCGGAUCAAGGUAACCAACUCAAUAAUCCAUCCUUUUAGCAGUACUUGGACACGUCUAAAAGUUGGUCACAAAAUUAAGGAUGCUCAAGAGAAACUAGAUCAAAUUUCUUCAGAGCGCCAAAAGUUACAUUUGUGUGAAUCUAUUCAUGACUCAAAAAUAGACAAGUUUACUAGUAAUUGGCGUGAAACCAUGUCUCUUUCUAGCUGUAAUCAAGUAUAUGGGAGAGAUAAGGAGAAGAAACAGAUUGUUGAUAUUCUAGUCAAUAAUUCAUCUAGUGCUUGUGUUGAUAAGAAAUUAUCUGUUCUGUCCAUUGUUGGAAUUGGGGGUCUUGGUAAAACAACACUUGCCCAAAUGGUCUUCAACGACGAGGAGAUUUCUAAGCAUUUUGACACCAAAAUUUGGGUUUGUGUUUCUGAUGAAUUUGAUAUUAAGUUGGUGAUCAAAGCCAUCAUAGGAACAACAAAUGAAACUUCCUUAGAGAUAUUGCAGAAAAUGAUUCAAGAAAAAUUGAAAGGGAAAAAAUAUUUGAUUGUAUUGGAUGAUGUUUGGAAUGAAAAUGUUGAGGCAUGGGAUCAGUUGAGAUCUAUAUUAGAUUGUGGAUCAAAUGGUGCGUUUGUCCUUACCACGACACGUAAAAGAAAUGUGGCAAGAAUCAUGGAAACAAUUGAACAUUUUCAGUUAUCAGGGCUCUCUAACAAUGAUUGUUGGCUACUUUUGGAAGAGCGUGCAUUUAUGUGUGGAACACCAAAAACUCCAAACUUUGUUGAUAUUGGAAAAGAAAUAGUUAAAAAAUGUAAGGGUGUUCCUUUAGUUGCGAAGACAUUGGGAAGUCAAUUGGGUUUCAAGAGUGAUUCAAAUGAAUGGCGUAAAAUAAGAGACAGUAAAAUAUGGGAGAUAUUUCAAAAUGAAGAAUCUGAUCUCUUACCUAUUCUAAGGUUGAGUUACUAUGACCUCCCUUAUCAUUUGAGAAGAUGUUUUGUGUUUUGUGCUAUAUUUCCCAAAGAUACUGUAAUUGAAAAGGAGAGAUUAAUCCAAUUGUGGAUGGCCCAUGAUUUAAUUCCUACAUUUACAAACCAAUCAGUUGAAGAUAUUGGGAAUACAAUUUGGAAGGAAUUGUGUUGGAGAUCCUUUUUUCAAGACGAUAACUUAAAUUGGAUUGGACUACAUGAAAUAUGUAACAUGCACGACCUUAUGUACGAGCUUGCUCAAUCUGUUAUGAAAGAUGAAUGUUAUACAUUGGAUGCUAAUAGCUCAAAUGAUGGUAUAAGACUAGAAAUUCGCCAUUUAGCAGUAAAGGUUGAUGAAUUUUUCAAAACAUCAUUUCAUUCUCUUAUGAAAAUUGGAGGGUUACAAUCAAUAAUGCUUCAUGGAAAAUUCACAAAGAAGAUUUUGAGUUUCUUGAGGGAACUCCCAUCUUUACGUGUCCUUGGAGUUAUCCACAAGGUGCAAUAUCAAGAUUUGCGUUAUGUGGGAUGUCUAAAACACCUUAGAUACUUAGACAUUUCCGGUAGUACUCAGAUAACAACAUUACCUGAUAGUAUUUGUGAUCUCUUGAACUUACAGACUUUGAAACUCAAUGAGUGUUCUAAUCUUGAAAGUUUGCCCAGACAUACGAAAGACCUUGUUAGCCUACGACAUCUUUAUUUGAAGGGUUGUCAUAGAUUAAAAUAUAUGCCUAGAGGGAUGGGGCAAUUGAAACAUCUGAAGACAUUAAACUUGUUUGUGAUAAGCAAAAAAGAGAGAGACGGCCAACUAGAUGAGUUAAGAGAAUUGGAUAUCGGCGGGUCAUUGGAAAUUAAGAACCUUGGAAGAGUUAGUGAUGCAUCUAUUGCAAGAGGGACAAGUAUGGCUAAAAAGACGAGUAUAGAUGAAUUGAAGUUGGAUUGGAGAUCUUAUGAUGAAGAUGAUGAGAGCAAGAGUAUUAGACAUGAGAUAAUAGGUGAAGCUCUAGAGGUUUCAACUGCGAGGCUGAAGAUAUUGAGAAUGAUUGAUUACAAAGGAAUGAAUCUCCCAAAAUGGGUGGGAAAGUCAUCUCCUUCCCUAACGCGUCUUGUGCUUAGGGACUUGGACAAUGUGAAUACUAUUGCUAGUAGUAGAGAUGCCAUUGAAAUGACAGUACUAUUCCCUUUGUUAGAGGAACUGGAGAUUAAUGGCAUGAUGAAUUUGAGGGAAUUGGUGUCACCUAGCUGUUGGAGUACUGGAGCAUUCCCUAAUUUAUGCAGGUUGGAUAUAUCUAAUUGCCCAAAUCUAGGGAGAUUGCCGCCCCAUCUCAAAGCACUCAAAGAUGUAACUGUGCUGGGUGAAUGUUCAGAGGAAUUGUUAUAUAGCAUCGGGAAUCUUAAUGGGCUCACUCGUCUUGAACUUAAACUUAGUAGAUUGAAUAAUAAUGUGGAGCACAUAUUUACCGUCAACAACAACAUGAAUGAAAUUGAAGUAGUGUUAUUCCCUUUGUUAAAGGAACUUGUUAUUGAUAGAAUGAUGAACUUGAGGGAAUUGGUGUCUCCUGCUAUUCUUAGUCCCAAAUCAUUCUCUAGUCUAUGCAAGAUUGAGAUAUCUUAUUGCCCAAACCUAGGGGCCUUGCCACUGCAUCUCAAAUCACUCAAAGAUGUAUCUGUGUUUGAUGAAUGUUCGGAUGAGUUGUUAUAUAGCAUCUCAAAUCUUAGUGCUCUCACUCAUCUCUCUCUUUAUAUGAUGAAUGAAAGAAGUGUCUUAUUUCCAGCUGCUAAGCCAUUAAUGUUUGAUGUUGAGAUACAAUCAUCAUCGUCAACCCUUGCGGACAAUAAUGAAGCACAAAUAGGAGUACGCUCAACUUUCCAAUCUCUUCAAUCCCUGUCUAUGUGGUACUGCAACAAGUUAAGGAGUUUGUUUGACGAGGGAAUGAUAAUGCAAGAUACAUUAAAGAUUAGUGCCAGCCAGAACCAACAAAACCAUGAUCAUCAUCUUCAAGGACAAACAGAAAGAACAAGAGGUCUCAUCAACUCUCUCACGGAAUUGUUUAUUUACGGUUGUCCCGAGCUGAUGAUAUCAGUUGAGGAAUUUGAAAACCUCAAUAUGAAUAAUUCACUACAGAGAUUGACUAUCUGUGAUUGUCCUAAGUUGGUGUCUUCAGAAGAAGCAGACGAUUUUAUCGCACUCCUAUGUUCCCUUCGAACCAGACUUGGUCGUGAGAACUUCAAUGUAGAUAUUCUAUUGGAAAAGAAAGACGAAGAGCAUUGCAUAGUGGCCAUAUAA